GCAUCCCCAACAUUCUCAUCAACACCAAACUCGACCUGAUUUCAGCCUAGACUCAACCCCAGACAGUUCCCAGGCUACUCCAGCCUGCCGUUGGCAUGGAUGGAGGCCAUCCUAAGUCAACAAUCGAAUCAUGGCGCACAUGGUGAGCCUGCCGACACGCGCAAAUUUGGACUCAGUACAACGACUACGUCACACGAUGAGCACGAAGCAGGCGACAUUGAUUCUCCUGUAACAUCUCCUGUGAGCUCGCCGCCGUAUUGGGUCCAGUCGCACACGAGAUCGUUCUCUAAUAUCUCUGCUGAAUCGAUACUGGCUGGUGCGAUAACGCUACAAGACAAUACGGAUGAGGGCGACUCGAAAAACAAAGCGUGCUGGGCGAGGAGUGUGUACAUCGAGGAUCAUGUAAUAAUUAAUGGAAGUAGAACCGGCAUAGGCGCAUUUGUGGUCUGGAACAUCACAGUGGAAACUCUGCGGGGCGGUUCCAUGCGGAUUCGAAAACGAUACUCAGAGUUUGACGACCUGCGAGACAAGUUACUACAAACCUUCCCAAACUCCAAGGCUGCCAUGCCUCCGUUACCUCCAAAGAGCGUCAUAUCAAAGUUCCGGCCCAAGUUUUUGGAGAACCGGAGGAGCGGCCUACAAUACUUCCUCAAUUGUAUCCUGCUCAACCCCGAGUUUUCUGGAUCUCCUGUGCUUAAAGAGUUCCUAUUUUCCUGACCAGACUUUAGCAACUGUACUGUAACUGCCUUAUUGUACAUUGAAUACGGCGUUCUCGGAUGGGCCACGAAUACGGACUUAAGCAUUUUGCGGGCGUUGUUCCUCGGGUCGUUCAAAACACAUAAUGAUAAGGAUAAUACCCGAAUAAUCUUCCAUUGCGUGAACUUUGAAAUAAAAGAAUGUGUAGUUCAAGUUCUGUGGAGAGAGCAAACUUGGGAAGUGAUACUGGAGCUAUUUUGGGCUGCUUUGGAUUCUCGGUCCACUUCGCCCAGACGAUAGUAACUGUCCUGUGCUUGAGUUGCAUAAUAUGAGCUUGUCUGUAGAGCUACAACACUGGUUUCUAGCUUAACGGCUAGGUGUCUUGAAUCUGGCACAAUACAUAAUCAACCAACCUUUAUCCUGUGGAUCCAAAUAGCAUCAUGUCACGUGAGGCUUAACGUCAUCAUCGUCUUCGCACUUUCGAGAAGCACUUUGCACAUCACUCAACCUCAUCAAC